AUGAAACCAAGACGUGUUGGAAUGGCACGAGGGUACGAGGAGAUGGAUGGGGCAAAUGUUCCUCGUCCGCCUGGAUCCGUGGGAGCAGUAGGAGGUGCUGCCGGAGCAGAUUCCACAACGGGAGUCGCUGGAAAUGUAUCUUCAGUUACCGCUGUCGGUGGAACAAUGCUGGCCGGAACAGCGCCCGAAUUCGAGCUGGCAUCUGUCAGUGUAGUUCCGGAUGACACGUACACCGUCACACAGGCCGUAAAUGCGCUGGGGUUUGGGUGGUUUCAGGUGAAACUGUCCUUGUGCGUGGGACUGUGUUGGAUGGCCGACUCGAUGGAGAUGACCAUACUGAGUGUGCUAGGACCGGCAUUACACUGUGAUUGGGGUAUAUCCCGCUACCAGCAGGCCCUAGUAACGACAGUCGUCUUCCUCGGUAUGAUGCUUAGCUCCACCUUUUGGGGUCAUCUAAGCGAUCGCUACGGACGGAAACCGGCUUUGACACUAUGCGGAGUACUUCUUUUUCUGUACGGUUUGCUCAGCUCUGUCGCACCGAGCUUUGGCUGGUUGUUGCUGCUGCGUGGACUUGUCGGCUUUGCCAUUGGCUGUGUACCACAGUCUGUAACACUCUAUGCAGAAUUUCUUCCCACGAAGCAACGUGCCAAAUGUGUCGUAUUGCUCGAUUGUUUCUGGGCGCUUGGAGCCUGUUUCGAGGUGGCACUAGCACUGGCCGUAACACCGACGCUUGGCUGGCGCUGGUUGUUGGGUUUAUCGGCCGCACCUUUGUUUAUUUUCGCUAUAAUUACUCCGUGGCUUCCAGAAUCAGCCCGUUACCACGUUACCAGCGGUCAAAGCGACAAAGCACUGAACACAUUAGAACAGAUCGCGAAGGACAACCGUCGACCGAUGUUGCUGGGUCGGUUGGUGGUGGAAGGUCCAAGUGGUUCGCGGGGAAGUUUGAAGGCACUGCUCGGUAGCUCACUAAGACGAACCACGCUGCUGCUGUGGUUCAUCUGGAUGUCGUGUGCCUUCUGCUACUACGGAUUGGUGCUGAUGUCUACCGAACUGUUCGGUGGUAAGAACAAAACAAUCAUCGACAGAGGCAUGGCGGUAGACGAUGGCAUUACGAUCGACUGUCAACCGUUAGCUACGACGGACUAUAUGGAUCUGCUGUGGACAACGUUGGCCGAGUUUCCGGGCAUAUUUGCGACAAUCUAUGUGAUUGAAAAGUUUGGCCGAAAGAAGACAAUGGCACUGCAGUUUCUUUUCUACGCCGGUUGCGUGCUUAUGAUUACCGUAACGGAAGUGCGCGUGUUACUGACAAUUAUUUUGUUCAUGGCACGUGGCGUCAUUGCCGGUCUGUUCCAGGCGGCAUACGUUUACACACCGGAAGUUUACCCGACGGCCUUGCGAUCGGUCGGGGUUGGUGGUUGUUCUGCGCUGGCUCGUCUCGGAGCCAUGGCAACACCGUAUAUUGCUCAGGUGCUCUUCCAGUCGUCAAUCUGGAGCGCUGUAACGGUGUACGGAAUAUUUGCUGCGUGUGCCAGUGUGGCCUGUAUGCUAUUACCGUACGAAACGCGUGGUGCUGACCUGGCGCAUUAACGGGUC